AUGGCCGACAUUCUGAGUAUCGGAGGUGAGCCGCUCUUCGACGAUCGCAUCGUCAAGAUCGAGACUCAGACUUAUAAUCCAUACGCCAAUACCACGUUCGGGCAUAGCGACAAAAUACGAAUUCCAAUACAGCAGCAGGAUCUGUACACUCUACCCUGCGAAAGUUUUCUGUACAUCGAGAGGGUACUCUCCGACGACAUUCCGAAAACGAAUUCGGAUACGACGAUGGACAACAAUUACGUGGCGUUUAUGUUCGACGAGAUUCGAUACGAACUCAACGGCGUAGAGAUCGACAGGAACAGAAACGUCGGAAUAACCAGUUUGAUCAAAAAUUUCGUGUCGUUGACCGCCGAGAGAAGCAGAAAGCUGCAAAACGCGGGAUGGACUGUGAUCAAGGAAAACGUGGGACCUCGUUUGAGAACCAAAAUCGACGAUUUCAAUUUCUGCGUACCCCUUAACGUACUCCUAGGUUUUUGCGGGGAUUACAAACACGUGGUGAUAAACGCACGACACGAACUCAUUCUGAUACGUUCCCGAAACGACGCCAAUUGCAUCAUCACGAAACCGGAACGCCACAAGAAUCCAACAAUUACUCUGUUGAAAGUGCAAUGGCGAAUGCCGCAUGUGGUGCUGAAUGACGUCAAUAAAUUGUUUCUUUUACGAACGUUGGAGAGCGGACGAUAUCUAAGUAUGGGCUUCCGCUCGCAUUCGUGGGCCGUGAAAGCAGCAACGCAGCUUGAGAAACCGCGAUACGUUAUUUUCGCGCUUCAAACCGGGAGGUCCAACGACUUAUUGAAACACGCCUCCGAGUUUGAUGACGGUAAUCUCACCAAUGUAAAACUGUACCUUAAUUCAGAUUUUUAUCCCUACGACGAUAUGAACUUGGAUUUUGAGAAGCGUAAAACGGCCAUACUGUAUGAGAUGUAUGCGAAAUUUCAAAAAUUGUAUUACAGAUGCAAGCAAGAGAACGCGCUCCUAACAAUGGAAGAAUUCGACAAAUGGGGCCCGUUCGUGGUGAUCGACUGUUCACGUCAGAACGAAUCAGUCAAAAGCGCCACCGUAGACGUUCGCAUAGAGUUUGAUUGCAAACGCAAUAUAGAUUCCAAUACGACAGCCUACUGUUUCAUCAUCCACGAUCGCGUGAUCGAGUACAAUCCGCUGACUAACAUAGUCCGUAAGAUCGUGUAA